GGGAGGGAAGGAGAAGAGAGGAAGGGGAGGAAAGGAGAAGAAAGGGGGAAGGAGGGAUGUGUCCUAAUGGCAAAAAACUUUUUUUCCCUUCUGUGCCGGUCAGAGAAACCUCCAGUCUAAAAUCUGAAACUGUAGAAGUUACUGGAGGAGGUGAGGCAGGCACAUUUUCCCUCUUGUCCUCUCAGUCCCUUUUCCUCAAGCAUCCACAGUUCCAGAGGAGCCUUUUCUGUGUGACCACUUCUGUAGGAGGUCCUACAGGAGAUGACGUUCCUCAUGGCACUUCAUUUGAUUAGUCUUUCUGUGAUGCUCUGGUCCAGCAGUCCCAGUCUGGCCACACCCCUCCCUUUCAACAUUUCCUUGGAGGGCAGUGCAGAGGGGGAGGAGCUGGGCAGCCUCAUCCCCACCCCUUCCUCACCUACCACCAGUGGCCCAGCCUCAGAGUCCCCAACCACCUCAGAUGGCUCCACUCACAUAGAGCACUUCCUGCUCAGCCAGAUGGUUCACUUCCUGCAGGAGAACAUGCUCCUCAUCCUUGUUGCCUCAAUCCUCUUCAUCACCAUCUUCCUCAUCUUCUGCUGUGCUUGCAUCAUGAGCCGUAAGCGGAAGGUCAAUGCCUACUACCCCUCGUCCUUCCCCUCUAAGAUGUAUGUGGACCAGAGGGACAAGACCGGAGGUACCAAGCUCUUCAACGAGGUGCCAGAGAAACCCUCCAAUGGGCAGCAGGCUGAACCAGUUGACUCAAGCAAGCAGCUCCAACAAGACAUCAUGAGGGCAGCCAAGAAUCUCCGCACUCCCUCCAAACCUCCCCUGGGUGAGCGACAGGGAAACAACCCCACACAGAUAGCUGCAGAGAAAAGUCCUGAUGUGAAUGUUCAGGCUGGGGGAGAAAUCAUAGAGAAAGACAACGAGCCAUCAAAUGCACCUGAGCAGAGCGAGGAGGAGGUAUUCCAGCUCUCAGACAGUGAGGCCCAACACCGCAGCUGCCCCAAGCAGCCAGAGAUCCUUCCAGGACAGAUAGGUCUAACAGAGGAUGAUGAGUCACUCACAAGAGCUGAGCUUCCAUCUGGCCAAGGGCACUCACAAGCCAAGCAGGAAGGGGAUAGGCAGGAGAACUCCACUGUUACGCAGUCUAUUCCGUUGAUCACUGGGGAGAAAACAGCAUUUUAACUAUGUUGGACAGUGGACCAGUGGAGGCUGGUGGAAGGAGGAGCUAUAGCAGGACAGGCUCAUUGUUAUGGCUGGAAUGGAAUCAACGGAACAGAGUCAAAUAUGUGGUUUACAUAUGUUUGAUCUCGUUCCAUUAAUUACAGUCCAGCCAUUACAAUGAGCCCAUCCUCCUAUAUCUCAUCCCACCAGCCUCCACUGCAUUGGACAAUAUGUUUGAGCUCAAUGGUUUGGACGCUUUCGCAUGAGUGACAUCUUUAAGGCAAAGCCAUACCAAAUUAUGUCUAUUCAGUUGUAUGUAAUCAUAUUAUUUUGUUUCCCAGUAGCCAUCUUUCCAUGUCACUCCCUAAAGGGUAUAUGAUGUAACUUGAGCAUACAACCCAUAGACGCUGUAGUCAAGUGUUUGUACAAUGGCCAAAGUAAUGGUACUGCCUUUUAUUUCUCUCUUCCACUCAUUGGUAGAGAUUAUUUUUUAGGGCAACAUGAGUUUACUUUCCCUUUUUAUUUAACUAAGUCAGUUAAGAACAAAUUCGUAUUUACCAUGACGGCCUAGGAACAGUGGGUUAACUGCCUUGUUCAGGGGCAGAAAGACAGAUUUUUACCUUGUCAGGUCGGGGAUUCGACCAGGCAAUCUUUCAGUUACUGGCCCAACGCUCCAACCACUAGGCUACCUGCCGCCCCUUGAAGAACAAAUAUGGAUAAGUAGAGGGGAAGUUCACCAUGAGCACAUCAUGGUGCAGCAUCUGCAACAACUUGAACUUAGCAUGUUUCCUACAUUAAGGGAAGUAUUUUUGCAUUAUAAAACCUGUUUAUCGUUUGGUUA